AUGCUCCGAGCUAAAGAUAUUUUCGACUUGUGUCUGGCGUUUGCUUUGGGUUUUCUGUAUUCCGACUAUGCGCCGUUCUUACUGGAUCUUGGUAAUUUUGAAAUUACGUGAAGAUUUUUUUUGGAGCUGAGAAAAUUUUGAACAAUGAUAAAACGACUUUUCCGUCAGUCUUAAAAAUAAUUCGUUCUGCUGUCCUCACAUGAAGUGUUUCAGGAAUCAUUGCUUCUGUUUGCUAUUACUUGUUCUUUGUGGAGCCAGUCCCUCGCCGGAACGUCUCCUCCGCCAACCGCGUGGAAGUUUGUGGAUGCGAGGACUUCGAGGUCACGGACAACGAGCAUUCGUGCUCCGGAUGCCUGCAGUGCCAGCGCCCCGGCCAUCAUUGA